AUGGCUCAACGUGUACCUAUUACAAACAGUUCACAAGAAUGUGAAUUGAGAACACCAGAAGUACCGACUCAACAAUUCAUCACCACCAAACUUAGCGUAGAUGAAAUACUGAAUAAGUAUGUUGGGGAAUAUGGAAUUUGGCAAUGGAGUAUUGUGUUCCUAAUAGUUUUAAGUUCUCCUCUAAUGGUGACGUUACCUGUAUUUGUUAAUGCAGUGCCUGACCACCGUUGUCGGAUGGAAGAUCCUAUGGAAGAAGUAUUCAAAGACUACAAUUUAAGUUUUGAGGAAGCCGCUGCAUUUGUGGGUCCAUGGGAAGGUGAAGUUCCUGUAACAACGAUGGGUUGUCUAAGAUUUGUAUUGGACUGGAGCAAUACAACACUCAUCGAAAAACUACUUUUGAAUAAGUCGGUAUCUCCAUUUAUUGAUCGUGAAUCGCUGAAAACUGAAGAGUGCAUCAAUGGUUAUGUAUAUAGAAGUAAAGAGUUCCAAUAUCCCAGUACUGUGGUUGCAGAUUUUAACUUGGUCUGUGAUAAGAGUAUGCUUUCGCCUCUUGGAACCUCUCUUUUUAUGGUUGGAAUGUCAUUUGGAUUCAUUUUCGGUGGUUAUUUUGGUGACAAAUUCGGCAGACGAAACGGUGCAAUUGUAUUCUCCAUCAUUGAAUUACUUGCAGCGGUUGGUGUUUCCUUAGCCCCUAAUCAUCAUAUCUAUCACCUGAUGAGAACAAUUGUUGGGUUUUCUAGUACAGGAAAAGCCGCAGUCUUACGACUAUUACCAAUUGAGCUAACUAAUGCCAAAUAUCGAUCGUAUUUCACAUCGUUCAUUGUUUUGGGAAUUGUAUUUGUACAUCGUGCUAUAAUGACCGGAAUAGCAUAUUUGGUACGAGAAUGGCGUCUUCUCAAUGCCCUGUCAAUGCUACCAUGUCUCACAUGUUUCAUAUACUUUUGUCUUUUACCUGAAUCACCACGGUGGCUAUUAUCUCAGUAUCGUGUUGAAGAAGCCAUCACAAUUCUGAGAAGAGGUUGUCGUAUCAAUCAUAUUUUGAAGAAAGACAAAUCAAAAUUACCACAAUUCGACAAUUUCCUGAAAGAUAUAAAUAAAAACGAGUCUCAUAUGGGAAAGUCAUACGUCCAUCGUGAACCUAUAAGUAUUUCUGAACGAUUUAUUAAUUUACUUAAAUCAACCAAGAAAAUUAUUUGUUGUAGACAAAUGAAUAAAACACUCGCAAUAUGUGUUCUAAUAUUUACGAUGCACUAUCUUAACUUUCUGGGUAUCACAUUAUUUAUGCAAUUACUUUUGUGGCAUGUGCUACUGAUGUCGACAAAUGUAAGUAGUAUGUAUCAUCAAUCGAAAGUGAAAUGCCUGAUGUCAGAAGGUUAAGAAGAUCGAAGGAAAGAGAACGAGAACACAGAAUAAUCGGUGUGAGAACCAAAGAACA